CUACCCUUUUCCUAUGAGGCCGGUUGUACGCUAAUCUGUCAGUCUCAUAAUGCUUACUUUCCGUUUUAAAAUUGUUUAAAGAAGCCAAAACAAUGUCGGAAGACGAUUUAAAAGUACCGGAAGAGCUUUUCAAGGACGUGAAGUUCUAUGUGGUUGGAGACAUUGACCAGAAGGUUGUACAACUCUUGAAAGCUGGGAAAGGAAAAGAAGUGUCUUACAAUGCACUCGCCACCCACAUUAUAGCAGAAGAUGGGGACAAUCCAGAGGUCGGGGAGUCCAGAGAAGUCUUUGACUUGCCUGUUGUCAAGCCGAGCUGGGUGAUCCUGUCUGUCAAAUGUGGUGAUUUGCUCCCAGUUACAGGAUUUUCUCCAGAAUCAGGACAAGUGUUCUUUGGUGUUAUAGCUUGUCUGCCAAAUCUGGCAGAGGAUCUCAACACACUUUGGGCCUUUAUUACAUUCUAUGGAGGUGACUGUCAGCUCCAUUUCAACAAAAAGUGUACACAUCUGGUUGUGCCUGAACCGAAGGGGGCCAAGUAUGAGUGUGCUUUGCGGCAUAAUAACAUAAAGAUAGUAACUCCAGAAUGGAUUUUGGACUCUGUAAAAGAAAAGAACAGGAAAGAUGAGACCCUAUAUCACCCACGACUCACAUUAUAUGAUGCACCGGAAGAGGAAGGCAGUGAGUAUGAAAACGAGAGAAGCUCACGAUCUGAAGGCAGCUACAGUGACAGGCGCUCGCCUCACAGCCGGCGCUCUAGCCCUACAUCAUCCCGCGACGCAUCUCCAGCAGGCAGGCGUUCACCCUCAACUAAACAUGAACGCAAAUCAGAGUUGAUGUUCGAUGACUCGGAUGACUCAUCCCCAGAGAAGGAGGACCGCAAUCUCAAUUGGACCCCAGCUGAGGUGCUGCCUCCUGGUCCGGCUAAACGUCGACUUCAACCUGGCAAAGAAACCGGUUUGAUCAAUCUGUGUGCCAAUGUACCACCUGUACCAGGAAGUUUUGGGCCACCUGAUGCACGAAUAGUUGGUGCAGGUGCAGGUGGAGGUGUGUCUUUGGGGGUGGAGAGAUUAGAAGUCAUGAGUGGAUGGAAUUCAGCCGCCAGGACGCUGAGGAACAUCACUAACAACACGGAUACCCAACAGGCCUCUCGACCCUCUAAUGUGGCACAUAUCAUCCAGAGUUUUUCAGCAUCCUCUAAAGGUGUAGCGGAUCAUAUGGGAAAUCAGGGCCAGUCUGGUGUUCCCAACCAGCUUCUGUUUAAGACCCAGCAACAGCUCCCUCCUGAAGCACAGCAGCAAUUAAUGCAACAACAGCAGCAACAGUCACAUCAGCUACAACAGCAGCAGCAUCAGAUGGCACAACAACAUCCCAUGAUGCUGCCACAAGUCAUGCAGAUGCACCACCAUCAACAACAGCAGCAGCAGCCACCGCAGCAGCAACAGCAACAACAACAGCAGCAGCAGAACCAACAAGGAUUUCCUCAAAUGGCUCCACAAUCACAUCAGUUCUUACAGCAACAGAUGCAUCAGCAGAUGUAUUCCCAACAUCAACAGCAGCAACAACAGCAGCAGCAGCAGCAGCAACAACAUGCAUUCCCACAGCAAAUGCGACCGCAACAGCUUCCGAGGCUGCCCUUGCAGCAUCAGCAGCAACACGCGCUGCAACAGCAAUUACAGUUACAGCAGCAGCACAGACUCCAGUUGCAGUUACAGCAGCAGCAACAACAGCAGCAACAGCAGCAGCAGCAGCAACAACAACAGCAGCAGCAGCAGCAACAACAACAGCAGCAGCAAAACCAGCAGCAGAUGCACCAGCAGCAUUUGCAGCAGCAACAGCAUUUCCUACAACAACAACUCCAACAGCAGCACAUGCAACAGCUGCAACAACAGCAGCAAAUGCAGCAGCAACAGCAACAACAUCUGCAGAACCAGCAGCCUCUGCAACAUCAGAACCAGCAGGUUAAUUCACAUCAGACACAGACUAUGCUUCAACCCCCAAUCACAUCUGCGCAGCUCUUUGGACACGAGCCUGGCCAUGAGAUACCUGAAGAGGGAUUCCUGGUUGGCUGUAUUUUUGCCAUUGCUGACUAUCCAGAACAAAUGGCAGAUAAACAGUUACUGGCCACAUGGAAAAGGAUAAUUCAGCUAAAUGGAGGGACUGUGGACUCUGCUCUCAACCGCUGCACUCAUUUACUUUGUGAGAGUCAAGUCAGCAACACCUAUCUCCAGGCUCUGAGGGAGGGAAAGCGUUGUGUGACGGCUCACUGGCUCAACACUGUCCUCAAGAAGAAGAAGAUGGUGCCCCCUCACAGGACCCUUCAUCUUCCCUUCAGCUUUCCUCCAGGGGCCAAACCGUGUGCACAGCAUAUUAUUUCUGUGACUGGAUUCGUGGACAGUGACCGUGAUGAUUUGAAGCUCAUGGCGUAUCUAGCAGGAGCACGAUACACAGGUUAUCUGUGUCGAAGUAACACUGUCCUCAUCUGUAAAGAACAAAGCGGGCUGAAAUACGAAAAGGCAAAGGAGUGGAGGAUCCCAUGUGUGAAUGCCCAGUGGCUGUGUGACAUCCUACUGGGAAACUUCGAAGCUCUCCGGCAAAUCCAGCACAGCAAAUACACUCAGUUUAAUUUGCCUGACCCACUGGCACCAAAUCAUCAUCUAGUGCACAACCUUCUGAGUGCUUGGCGUAUUCCUGUGAAGAUCUCACCGGAGGCAUUGGCGAGUUUACGUGUUCAGCUAAAACAGAAACAGGCUGACGUCAGUGUGCAGCCGCCUAGCAAGAGACCCAAGCUAGAGGAAUUGCCAACACCUACUAAAAAGCUUCCACCCGAUUCAACACCUUAUGUCCUUUUCACAGGCUUUGAACCUUUGCAGGCUCAGCAGUACAUAAAGAAAUUGUAUGAUCUUGGAGGGGAAGUGGCUGACAGCACUCAGAAGUGCACUCAUCUGGUUGCUAACAAAGUGACAAGAACGGUGAAGUUCCUCACUGCCAUAUCCGUAGUCAAGCACAUAGUCACUCCAGAAUGGCUGGAGGAAAGCUGGAAAAGCCAGAAAUUUGUGGAUGAGCAAAGCUACAUGCUGCGAGAUGCAGAGGCUGAGGUGCUGUUCUCUUUUAGCCUGGAGGAGUCACUAAAGAGAGCUCAUGCAGCUCCGCUUUUCAAGGGGAAGUAUUUCUAUAUAACUCCAGGAAUCUGUCCCAGCCUCAGCACAAUGAAACUUAUCGUGGAGAGUGCCGCAGGGAAAGUGCUCUCCAAACAGCCUUCCUACCGCAAGAUCAUGGAGCACAAGCAAAACAAGAAUUUACCGGAGAUCAUUCUAAUAACCUGUGAAAAUGACUCUCAUCUGUGCCGAGAGUAUUUCCUGAAGAACAUUGAAGUGUACACUGCUGAGCUCAUUUUGACAGGGGUGUUGACUCAGUCCUUGGAUUAUGAAUCAUAUAAAUUCACAUGAUGUCCUUGUCAGGACAGGAAUAUUUAAUGACUGCUGGUGCCCUGUUCUGGAUCAACGCUAAAGGUUGCUUAUUAUAUUUUAGUGUACAGUCAUGUUAUCUUUCAAUGUUUGUAUUUUAUUACUUGAUUAUUAAAUUUCUUACCAGUUUUGUAAACAAAGUAACAGUGAAUCUUAUUACAUUGCUGUUAUUUGUAAUGAUUGUUUAAAUGAAGGCAAAGCUAUGUUUUUACUGUGAUUUUAAAUGUUUGCCCCUUUUGGAAUAAAAUCUGAAUUUGAUUGCAAUUCUUAAA